GCACAGCCAAAUCAAUCACUCGCUAGCGUACUUUCGGAUACAAAUAAUCGCCUUUCGCCCAUUUCAAUCUCUUUCCUUCUACAUCAUACAACCACAACUUCCAUAUCCACUUCAAUAAUUUCAUCAAUCCAUAACAACCACAUCACAAUUCCAUUAAAUCAUCAAUAGAUAUUAUCAAAAAUGGCUCGUACCAAGCAAACUGCCCGUAAGUUAUUUUCCCCAUCUUUACUAUCUGGUGACAAUCAAUACCUCAUCGUCGCGUUCGGUCGCAAAGUUCUACAUUGCGACCGGCAGCUAUUGUUUCAACAACGCGACCUCUACCCCACCACAACAAAACAACGCAGCUUGAUUAUCGUUGCUAAUACUCUAUAGGUAAAUCCACUGGUGGUAAGGCACCAAGAAAGCAACUUGCUUCCAAGGCUGCCCGUAAGAGCGCCCCCUCUACAGGAGGUGUCAAGAAGCCCCACAGGUAAUUUCCCAUUUUCUCUCCUGCCUCAACAAUUACUGACCCUUUCAAGAUAUAAGCCAGGAACUGUCGCUCUCCGUGAGAUCCGUCGUUACCAAAAGUCGACUGAGCUCUUGAUCCGAAAGCUGCCUUUCCAACGUCUUGUUCGUGAAAUCGCCCAAGACUUCAAGUCCGAUCUCCGUUUUCAAUCUUCUGCUAUUGGUGCUCUCCAAGAAUCCGUGGAGGCUUACCUUGUUUCUCUCUUCGAGGACACUAACCUGUGUGCCAUCCACGCCAAGCGUGUCACCAUCCAAUCUAAGGACAUCCAACUCGCCCGUCGUCUCCGCGGCGAGCGUGGUUAAAUUUGGGUUUCUUUUUUGACUUCUCGAUGUCUUCAGCUUGAAAGCGCUUCGGCUUUAGGUCGAUUGGCAAUGGCGAUGGAUCGGGUGGAUGAUAAUGCUUUGGGGGUAUCUUACAAGGGUUUUACGGCAUGGAGUUCAUUUUCAUUUUAUGGGGGACCUGCGUUCUUACAGGCUGUACAUUAUUCAGCCAGCGAUGGUGCGCUGAGCUAAUGACAACAGAUAACAAUUACGAUUAGUUAUCAAUCUUUCAAAAAUACAUCCUUCUUUUGCUCAUG